AUGGUACAAAUUGUGAUUUCCAGUGCUGGGGCUGGAGGCCUGGCAGAAUGGGUGCUGAUGGAGCUACAGGGGGAGAUCGAGGCUCGCUACAGCACCGGAUUAGCUGGAAACCUCCUGGGAGACCUACAUUACACCACUGAGGGAAUCCCUGUGCUGAUCGUGGGGCAUCAUAUCCUGUAUGGGAAAAUCAUCCACCUGGAGAAACCUUUUGCCGUCCUUGUCAAACACACACCUGGGGAGAGAGAUUCUGAUGAGCUUGGCUGCGAGACUGGCACCCAGUACCAGGUGACAGCACUCAUCAAAAACAAGAUCCUUUUCAAAACACGCCCCAAGCCCAUUAUCACCAGCGUUCCCAAGAAAGUAUGAAAGAACCCCGGAUUUUCCUUAGAGAGCGGCCAACUCCUUGGACUCGUGCUCCGCUGCCACCCCGAGGACGACUUGACGGUUCCCUGGGACCACAGGGGAGUCCUGCUCUGAACACAGGCCACCCACUGGGCGUGAACUCAGAUCCCUUCCUUAUGGCAGCAGCUUCUCUUGGUGGAAAUCUGGCCCCAUUUCCAAGGAACCCAUCUUCUUUUCCAACUCCAUCCGUUUCAUUGGCUUCAAAUCCAGCGCCCUACCCUGCUGGUGCUCGUGACCCAAGUAUGGCUUCUUUUCCCAGAGGGAUGAAUCCUACUGGAACAGGGGCAGUUUCUCUCCCAAGGCCAGGUGGCCUCUUGGGCCCCAGCCCAGCUCUAAACUCCAGAGCGGGGACUCUUCCAGUCCAAGGGUCUCUGUCUAACCCAAGGUUAGGCAGUCUCCCAGGCGCAGGUCCUGUGUCCAACCCAAGGACAGGUGGUCUCCUGGGAACAGUUGCUGACCCCAGAAGUGGUGGUCCUAUGGCUCCCGGACCUGGACCUAACUUGAGAGCAGGUGUCUUUUUGACCUCUGGGAAUGCUCCUCCCAAUCCUAGGCCUGUUGGUCUUGGCCCAGGACCAAGUCCCAAUUUGAGAUCAGGCUUCUUGGGUACAAAUGCUGCCCCCAGAUCAGGUAUGUAUCAAGGCCCAGGCCUUGGGCCCAACCCAAGAGCAAGUGGCCUGGGCCCAGGCCCUAAUCUGGACACUAGAACAGGUGGUGGCCUUUUGGGCACAGGAGCUGGUCUUAAUUUAAGAAUGGCUGGACCUCAAGGCCUAGAUCUUGGCCCCAUUCUAAGAGCCGCAGGUCUUUUAGGAGCAAAUUCAGCUUCUUUCUCACAGGCUUCUGGAAACCUGAGUACAACCCCAUCCUCUAUCACAAGGGUACCAGGCCCCAUAGGCCCAAAUUCAGGUCCUGGCUCUCGGGGAAUUGGUGUUCCAGGGCCAAAUCCAUCACCCAUGUCACGGGUUCCUGGCCCCAUGGGCCCUAAUUCAGCUCAUUUCUCAAGGCCAACUGGUCCUAUGGCGGUAAAUGCUAAUCCCUUCCCAAGGGGGGCAAGUUCAGGAGUCCUGAACCCAAAUGCCUUUUCUCAGUCAUCUAGUUCAUUGGCUUCAAACCCUGCUGCUACCUUUCAGAGGUCUGUUGGUCUUCAGGGCUCAAGCCCAGCAAUUUUCCCAAGAGCCUCUGGACCACUAGGUCCCAACCCAGCUAACUUCCCAAGGGCCACUGGCCUUCAGGGUCCAAGUCCAGCUACCUUUCCAAGGUCUGCUGGCCCAUUAGGCCCUGGGCAAGUUGCUUUCCCCAGGUCAGCUGCUGGGCCCCUGGCUUCUUCAACAGGCCCUGUGGGUAUUAACCCAGCUCCUUUUGCAAGGCCAACUGGGCCCCUGGGUCUAAACCCAGCUUCUUUUCCAAGGAUGAAUGGCCCUAUAGGCAAGACUGUGGUCCCAUUUCCUAGAGUGGGGAACCUCACUGGCACAAACUCAGCUGCUUUCCCCAGACCAGGGGGCCCAAUGGCUACAAUGUACCCAAAUGGAAUGUUACCUCCUUAAAUCUCAUUUUCCCUUCUGGACCACCUUGGUGUUCAGGCACUGUGGUUUUGGGCAGGGGCUGUCCUUUAGAUAAAAGGGUAGAUAUGGCACUAUGAUCUGAAGUACAUAGUGGGGCUCAGGUUCAAAUGAGCCAUAUUUUUCAAACUUCUUUCUUGGCUGAAGGUGAAAUGUUUAUGGGACAUGGCCUUUGGUAGGUGGGACUGAUCCUGGCACUGAGAGGGUCUCCAGCCUUGCAGAAGCCUAUUGUGCUUUUUGUCCCACAGCUUUCUGCCCCUUGUUUCUUACUAGUUUCUUGAUUUGUUCUUAUGGACUUUUCCUCAGGGAUACAUUGGCUUACAGGUCCCAAUUCAUACGUCUACCCCUGCUCAACACUGGGAAAAUCAGUCCACUGCUCUUUAGAAAGGUUGCAUUGGUGAACAGACCAUGCUUCGGUAGCUGUGACCUGGGCAGCUUAGGCCUGGUCAUCUUCUACUGCCAUAUCUUUCCCUGGGGGCUUGAACACAAAACAGGGAGGUGGGCAACCACUUCAGAGACCCACCAAAUAACAAUUUCUGCCUGCCUGACUGGCCCAAGUCUCCCUCCUCUUGGGACUUAGAAGCCAGAAUUAAGGCCCACUGCUCAUCUAACUCCUUCUCCACUGGUACUCCCAAUCAAAGAACCUCAAAAUUUAAACUGAUAGGGAUGGGGACAUUGGAACUGGGAUGGGGGUGGGGGACAAAGGGGAGAAAUCACUGUGCUUUGGUUCCGCCUGAUGUGAAAGGAGGGUUGAUGUUUUUUCCUGCAUUGUAUCUUUUUCUUACUAUUUCUUUAAUAAAUGGGAUGAGAGGGC